AUGCGACAUCCCGGGGGCACGGGCCGCCGCGCCGCACGGCCCCGCUGCACCGCACCGCACCGCACCGCCGGCCGCUCCCGGGGGCGGGCGGCGCCGAUCCCGCCCCCCGCCCGCGGCAGCCGCCAGCAGCCCCCGGCAGCCGCCAGCGCGGCGGGCGGCGCAGGCAGGCGGCCGCCAGCCCUCCCUCGCAUCCAUCCCUCACUCCAUCCCCCCCGCCCUCCCCGGCGGGCCGCGCCGCAGCCCGCGGGCGCGGCCAGGAGGCGGCGGGGCCGCGGCUCCCCCGGCUCCCCGCCCGCCUGCCAGGCGUGGGGCGGCCCGGGACUCCCCGCCUUUCCGCGGCUCUCCGUCCCCCUCCGGCGAGAUGUUAUGGCCGAGCCGGCGCAGACGGGCGGCGUAGGGCAGGGCGGGCAGCGGGAGGAUGAGGCGGCGGCGGCGGCGGCGGCCGCCGCCCCCAGCUCCGAGGACUACGAGUGCAAGAUCUGCUACAACUACUUCGACCUGGAGCGGCGGGCGCCCAAGCUGCUGGAGUGCCUGCACACCUUCUGUCAGGAGUGCCUGAGCCAGCUGCACCUGCGCGCCGCCCAGCAUCCCCCCGCCGCCGGCGCCGAGCCGGGGCCGGGCCGCUCCCCCGGCGGCUCCCUGGCCUGCCCGCUCUGCCGCCACCGCACGGCGCUGCCCGACCACCGCGUCCACGGCCUCCCGGUCAACACCAAGCUGGCCGCCGCCUGCCCGCCGCAGCUGCGGGCCCGAGACCCGGUGCCGCAGGACCGGCUGCCGCCGCUGCCGCCGCGCCGCCCGCCCCGCGCCCGGGAGGCGGCGGCCGCGCUCGCCCCGCCGCCCCCCGCCCCCGCCGGGCCGCGCUCCUCGGGCGGCGGCUACGAGAGCUGCCAGAGCUGCAAGCGGGCGGCGCUGAGCGCCGGCUGCGUGUGCGUCGUCGUCUCCUUCCUCUCCAUGGUGGUGCUGCUCUUCACCGGCCUCAUCUUCGUCAACCAGUACGGCGGGGACGCCGCCCCGGGCGCCGCGGCAUCGCCGUCGCCGGUGGGGCCCAUCUGCCUGUCGGUGGCCAGCAUCCUCGCCCUCUUCUCCGUCGUCGUCACAUGGCUCAUCUGCUGGCUCAAGUACCGGCCCGAGGCGGCGACCGGCGGGGCCACCGCGAACGGCACGGCGCGGGGCCGGGCCCGCAGGAGCGACACGUAGCCCCGGCGGGGCCGAGCGGGGCCGGGCCGGGCCGGGCCGGGCUGCGCGGGGCGGGCGGCGCGGAGCGGAGCGGAGGGGGCUGAGCGGCGGGUCCGGCGGUGCGGGGACAGCGCGGACCCUGCUCUUUGGUGCCCCGCGCUGGGUGCGGGGAGCCCGCCCUGGUGACAGGUGCCAGCCCUGCCGCGGUGACCGGUGCCAGGCCAGACCCGAUGUCACGGUGAGCCCUGCGGCCAGGCCGGCCCCCUGGCACCGGCGCAGCCCGCGGCGGUGGGGAUGGGCUGGAGGGUGACCUGGCGAAGGGUCACGGAGGGUCCGGACGCUCAGGAGGGAGGGCAGGGCGCGCCUUUCCAGCUAAGAUGCCUGGAAGGGCCUCCCUGGGGAGCUGGAGGUUGGGGGCUGACGCGCCUCGCCGCCUCUGCGGGAGCGCACCCGGCGUUCUGAGCUCCUGAUGCAGAAGGACACAAUCGGGAUUAAAGAAAACUGGCUUACUGUUGCCCCCACCUGGAAGAUAAUUGGAGAGAUUCACUGUGGUUAGGAGCAGAACAGGAUCACGAUGUUUAAUGCGCUUUGUUUUUUCCCUUUUAUGAAGUUAACAAGUACAUGUAGAAGAAGCUGUAACAGAAAUGUAUUAUCUUAAAAGAGACUGAGCCAAAGUUUCCUACAAUGUAUUGAGUACGGUUUUAUUAUAAUUUUAUUAGAAGGCUGUUGAGCCCUCUGAUGGUUACUUAAAAUAAGCUGUGUUAUUUAAUUCUUUGAAAUUCUAAUUUAAUGUGGGAGACUGAAACACUACACUGAACACUUACAACAAUUUAUGGAAUAUUAUUUAAUUAAUGGAGCUCUAAAAUAGAGCAAAGAGACUGCUGUGGCAGGGAGUAAUAUUUCACUGGCCAUUGAUUUCAAUUUUUAUGCAGUGAGAGAAGCCCACAUUAAAGUACAAAUUUUCAGCAUCACUGUAAAAGUGGAAUGCAGUAGCAUAAUUUGUGAUUAAACAUUUGCCUCUGGUCGAGGUAGCUAUAACAAGAUGAUGGUUUUCCCUCUUUAUAAGUUUCUCUUCUGUGUUGGGAGUUUCUGUAGCGGCCAGUAGAAAACGUUUUUAUUCUGAGUUUGGAAUAUCAAAUAUGUCUGUGAAAUGUGACAAGAUGCUCAUAAUUUGAAAUGGAAAAACGUUGCCAUACAGCUGGUUUUGUAGUAUAUCAAGGAGAACACUCUAUAUAGAUACUGUUCUAUGUUGCAGGAUAAUUCAUUUGGUGCCUGAAUUUUUUUAACUUAAUUAGUUGUUAUAAUCUAUUCUAUUGGGAAUAAGAUAAUGCUGCUUAUUCCGUGUUUCUACACAGUACUGUAAUGGAAUGAAGUAAUUAUUUUCGUGCUUAACAAUUCAAGAAUUUUAAAAGUGAUCUUUUAGUAUGUGUAUUUUGCAAGCUGUCUGCAUGAUGUUCUGACAAGUAUCCUCUUAAUAGACCUUUACUUGACCACUUAUUUAUCACAAGUGCAAAGGAAUUUACUAUGUAGAAAUGUAAAGACAGCAGGUGAAGAUGUGUGAUGUGUUUUAUGACUGCACAAGUGAUGUGUACUGUGCGUUCUGAUUAUCACAAAUCUGUGAAAAACAACCCCCUGAUGCCCAAGAAACCCCACAAACCCAAGCGAUGUUUAUACAAACUCUGUGACGAUGGACACAGUUUAUGGAAACAGCAUAUGAUCUUUGUGUCACGUCUAUUUGAAAAGAUCCACACCAGCCUUUUAAAGUCGUAUAUCAUAUUAUAAAGGCCCCGAGGAGAUAAAUUACUGGGAUCAACUGUGGCUCUGACCACGAUCCGUGUAUUUAGACCAGUGUUUUCCAACUUGGAGUUGCUCGUUUGCUGUCUAAAAGGUUAUGCCUCCUAAAAUCUGGCCUGACCGUUUGCCCCUGUUGACUUCAGCAGUAGUUGUGAUUGUUCUGCACCAAAGAAAACCAUGAGACUUUUAUUUAAGCAUCUAAUUGAGAGUUUAGAUGCUUGACUUCAGGUACAAAUGUUUGAAGAUUUGGGCCUUAACCUCUCUGUUCUUCAGUUAAUGCAUCUGUAAAGUUUGAUAAUAGCAUUGACCUACCUCACAGGCAAGAUGUGAGGCUUUAUUUAUUAAAGUUUUUAAGCAAUUGGAGAUCCUUGAAGAGGAGGUGCUAUAGAAGCGAAAGUAUUAUUAUAAAUGAUACUGUAGUAGGAAUAAAUAUAUGUAAAUUAAUGGACAUAAACAGCAGCAAUGUUUUCUAAGAAAAAUAAAUAUAUAAAAUAUGUACAUGUGUACAUCAUAUGCACC